AUGGAGCAAAUUAGGCAAGAAAAUCAGCAAAUAACCCUUAGGCUAGAAAAAGAUAGGUAAAUUAGCCUUGGCCCACUCAAAACAUGAAAUAGGUCAUCUUCCUAGUCAACCCAUCAUGAACCCACAAAAUCAACCUCCUAAUAGCCAUGAACCAUCUACAUCUUAAGGUUUUUAAAAUGUAGAAGCAAUGACCACUUUGAGGAGUGGAAAGCAACUCAAAGAUCCAUAUGCACCAAAAAUUUUAGAAAAAUAGGCUCAUGAUGAUGAAGUGCUGAAUGAUGAUGAUAAUGACCAUGAUAGUUUAUUUUCUAGUGAUGAAAAUUUAGAGAAAGAAAAAUAAGAAUCAAAAGAAGAAAAAUCAGAAGUACUACCCAUUCUCAUUUUAUCACAGAAGAUGAACUUAGAAAAACAGUCCCUUUACCGAAGGCAUUAGAAUCAAAACUUAAGAAAAUAGUUGAACAUAAUGAAGAGCUUAUGGAAAUAUUUAAAUAAGCUUAGAUCUCUAUUCCUUUGACAGAUGCAAUCAAACAUAUACCUACAUAUACAAAAAUUUUAAAAGAAUUAUGCACACCUCAUAGGUCACCUCAGAAGAUAUCUUUAUUUGAAGAGGCUAGUCCCAUUAUUUCUCAUUCUUUGCCUAGGAAAUGUAAGGAUCCAAGAGCACCUCUCAUCUCAUGUAAAGUGGGUGAAACUAUAUUUAGAAAUGUCCUCAUAGAUUUAGGUGCGUGUUAAUUUAUUAUCUUUAGUAGUUUUUGAAAAUUUAAAACUAGAACUACCAACUUUAGUGAAACUUCAGCUAGUUGAUAGAUCCAUUAAAACACCCAGGGGUCUCCUAGAAGAUGCCAUCAUCCAUGUUAAAAGAUGUAAAUUUUUAGUGGAUUUUUUUAUUUUAGAUAUUUUUGUUUUAGAUGAUCUUACUCGUGCACCAAUCAUAUUAGGAUGCCCAUUUCUUACUACAGUGAAGGUAAAUAUUGAUUGCAAAAAUAGGAUUAUAAAUAUGAAAUAUGAAGGUCAAAAUAUCUCUUUAAAUAUUUUUAGAAGUUCAAGAUUUUUAAAAUAG